AUGUGUCACACGGAGGAGGUUUUUUGGACGGGCGCCUACUCGUUUUUAGUCGCGGGCGAGCAUCAGCAGGAUGAGCAGACCUACCGGAUGCGACGAACUUUCGUCCUGAUCCUGUGGUCGAGCCUUCUCGUAGAUGGCACGAAGGUGGAAAAGGCAGAGUUGAAAAGGCAGCAGACUGCUGGCGAGGCCGACAGCCUCACUGGCUUGGCGGGUGAGGAAGAUUGGCCCGAGGAGGGUGGCCCCUGGCUUGUGCUGCAAUCGCUGCCCGAACCAUGGGUGCAGCAGCCGAGUUGGGGAGAUCGCGCAGCCUCGUCCGGCGAAGCGUCCGCUGAGUCAGUGUCGCGGCAAAAGCAGAGGCAACCCAAGGCGGCUGCGACCGCACCUGGCAAGCGCGCAAAGGAGGAGCCGGAGCUGAAGGCUGCUCGCAAGGCGCAGGAGGAGGCCGUGGCCAGGGACUACGAAGCCAAGAGGAAGUGGGAGGAGGCGACCAAGUUCUUGGCGAUUGGGGGCCAGGCGACUAUGGACGUGACCGCCAAGACGGCUGCGCUGCAACGCUCUCAGGCGGAACUGCAGAAAGCACAGGAUGCCGUUGCCCAAGCGGAGGCAGCAAGCACCGGCGAGGAAGGUCGCCUCGUACAAGACCGCUGUGCUGUGGAGAGGGCGCAGGAGCUUCGGAACCUUGACGAGCACCGCAAAGCUGUGCAACAGGAGCGCGAGAAGCACGAGGAAACCCUGCGUGUGGCUCUGCAGAAGGUCAAAUCCCUCAACGGAGAGAUCCAGAGACAUGGCUCCACCCAUCCAGAGCUCCGCGCUCCUUUCAUCGCUGUCCAGGGCGCAGCGGAGCAGCUUGGCGCCAGCAAACGUCUCGGUGAGGUCCAGGCGCUGGUCUCAGGCGAAUGGUGCGUGUCCGUGGAGCUCCAGAAGCCCCACGUCGAGAUCUCCAUCCCUGUGCACGUCCUCGGCCCUCUGCUUGCCACAGAGACUCCGGGCGAUGCGGCGAGUGUUCUUCGCUUGGAGGGUCUCCAAGGGGCUUCGCUAGUCGCGAACUUACCGGAAAGCUGCUACGCCGUGGUCUCCCUCGAGCGUGCUGCCGAGAUACUGGCAAUUCCCAACGAGAGGCCGCCGAAGCCCAGGGCGCUGUCGCUGCUGCGCGCCUGGCUCGGGCUCGAGGGACACGUGUCUCAGAUGUUCUGGAACGGCUGCUUGCCCGUCCCCGCCGCCUGGGGGGAGGUGCUGAAAGCGAGGGGCAAAGCAUGCCAUCACCUGUCGAAUUUCAAGACGGCGAUGUCCCUUUUGGAAGUGUAUGUCCUUUUCGUGAAACGGCAGAAGGGUCUGCCGCUCCGGGAUAAGGACAUCCAGGUGCUGGAAAAGCACCAUUCGAAGCCACGAUACAGACGCGGAGACACCGACGCCAUGGGGCGUGGCGGCAAGGGACAAGGGCGCUCCUCUGGUGGGCAACAGGAUUAUGGUGGCUAUCGACUGUGGAAGGGUGCCUACUCCCCUUCACAGCGGCCGUGGCGGAACAACCAGGCCGACGAAUCCUGGCAUGGGAAACCUGCUUUUCCGUCUUAUACAGCCAUGCCACGCCCACCGCCCAAGGAGACACACACCCACGUUGCCAUGCCAGAGCUCCACACUCCUGGAAGUAUGGUACACGACCUGCAAGAGCUGCUGAAUGGAGCAAGGCGAGCCGAGCAGAAGGUGGCCAGGAUCGUACAAGCCAGAGAUCGGGAGCAGGCGCAGUAUCAGGAAUUUCAGAAGCAGAUGAAGGAAUCUUUCCUGAAAGAGAAGCAACGCUUCGCGAAGUCCGAGGCCCGCUACGAGAAAGACAUAGCGGACGCAGUGGACGAGCAAAAUCGUGCCCGCCUGCUUGUGAGAAGUGCCUACUUGGGAAUCGAGACGAUCCCUGUGGAGAGAGCACCCGGAGGCAAGCUCACGCGUGCCGAAGAGGACUUGGCAUGGGACCAAGCCCGCGAGGCAUGGGAGAAAGACGAGGGCAGCACCAUGGACGGUGUCCUCAAGAGGGCCAUGGAGCCCGGACCAUCCUUUGGCGACCGCGAUGCUGUCGGAGACACCGGAAUGCGACCGGACCUGAGAUCAAUGGUCAACAGUGUGGACACGGCAUGGGAGGCAGUUCGCAGUGCCGGUGCACACGACCCUGCCGGAGCCAGGCCGAUGGAGAUCCACCCUGUUACUGGCGAGCCGGACCAAGCCGAUGGGAGCGACCCCAAGGCCGGUGUGGCCGAGGUCGAACCCAAUGCUGGACAGGCUCCCGGAGCCCCAGGCAAUGCGGAAAGGAUCCGCCCUUCACCGAAGCACACCGGACAACGCGAUGGAGGCACCCGUGUGCCCACCUCCCAGCAGCCUCCGCGCGACGGCAUAAAAGAAGCCAGCAAGCAUGCACCGUCUUCUGCAGAGCAGGCCCAUGGCCUGACUCUUGGGGAGCGGCUCGAGGAAAAGCGCCGUGCUAUGAUGCCUUUCCAUGGCCAGGGGCCGCACAAUCGCCCUCCGGCCGAACCUCCGAAAGGGAUGCCAUCAGACGAGGAGAAAGCCCUUCCGCACAGUCCUGGACUCACCAAGCUGGCGGGUGGAGAGCGGACAGCCACAUGGGUGCGGCUGCUCUGCUUUCUGCUACCUUGUUGCCGGAAGAGUUUGGUGUCUGUGAAAGGCCCCGUUUCCGACUUGCCACCCGGCAAUGCCUGCCAGAAGAUACCUUUGAGUUCUACAGGCAUAGUUUGGGCCGUUCCAGAACCAUGGAGGUCAGUCAUUCAGGAGUUGCAAGCCCAAGCCGAGCAUGCUCCGGCACCUAUCGAUGAUGCCGCCUUCCCUCGAGGAGCAGCUUCUGUCUUCCAGGGCCCCGAGGAUCAGCACAUUAAUUUUCUGACUCAUGUCCAAAACCAUGAGCUGCAACGGCCUCUAGAGAACAGCAAUGACAUCCCGGUGCCACCACUACACCCCCCACCCGAGGUUGGGCAGCCGACCCCUCGCAGCUUUGAAGGUGUUUGUUAUGUGCUGGCGCCCCAAUACCAGGCCGAGACACUUCAGCUCACACUGCAGCCUCCGGUUGACAUGGAGACUUUCUUCAAUGCAGUGAGGGACAGACUCCAGCUUCUGCGCCUCCCUCACUGUACGAUCCUCGCUCCCACUGUUCCUCAAUUGGGUCCCGACUAUGCCUCGAUUGUGCUAGCGGAGUUCCAGUCUUGCGAUUCGUGCAGUAUCUAUGUGCAGGGCAUUCUUGUGUUCCUUGAUGCGCGACAAGCUGGACAGGAGGUUACCCACAUUUACCUGCCGUCUUCGAAUGCGGCCCGCACACUUCAUCGGCUCAGAGAUGCCACACGCCGUUUCGGCGAUCGUUGGAUCACCGAUCCUCCACGGGGUCUGCCUGCUUUCGCCCAGUUUUUGCUUGAGCCUGAAGACACAUCAGACCCCGAAGAAAAUGAUUCGCUGUGCAUAGUGCCAUGUGCCAUUCUCAAGCUUGACUACACGCCGGAGCUCCUCCAAGUUGCGAUCGAGGUCCCGGCCACUCCGGACGAGCUCCUACAAGAGCUUAGUCGUGUCCGACACCCUGAAGAUGCAGACCAGUUUCCCCAGCUGCUUACUGUUCUCCCCCAACCGUCCUGUGGAGUUGUGGUCUGCAUCGCCCACCAGACAUGGAAUGCUGCUCCGGACCUUAUCUGCAUUGACACCACAUCUGUCGAUGGGCGCCUGUUUCUGCAAUCCGCACCAACAUAUGCCACCAAGGGAGACCUUGUGCGUCUUGCAGGCUUAUUGACAGCCAUUGACUAUGAUGUACACUACGGUGUCGACCAGGCUCCUAUGCCUUGGAGCCCAGAUAACAUCCUACCCUCCCCCCAGACACCGGAGGCACACUGCCUCGUUCAUCGAGGCAUGACAAGGCUCUGCGUUGAUGCUCUGCGCGAGCCGAUGCGCUACAGAGCUGCUAUUGCAGGCACUACUGGGGCCGACCCUGCGCGCAUGCGCCUGUUUGCGGCACAUCCAAGCCCCACCAACGUUGCAAUCCAAGGGGUACACUGUCCGUACGUCAUCGCUGUUGCACACCCGCCGCCGGGCAAUGUCGGCCUUGUGUGGCAUGCAGCGCUUGUCGAUUGUCGCCCCCUCGGGGCAGCGUUCAAAGAGGUCUUGAUUUUCAAUGGAUACGUCCCUGAGAGGACGUUGCACGCCAAACUUGCGGAUUAUGUGCCCUGGGGCUUCCACCUCCUUUUUGAUGGUCGCACGACAGACAAUACCGUCCGUUGGAUAGCUCCAGGUCAAGUCAUAGUCGCCACGUUAGCUGGCUCUGGUUCGCAGGACCACGCAGUCCCCCCUGCCACAUCGGAUGGGUCCGCACCGCAAGAGGCACUGUCUUCGUCUGUUGACGCGGCCGCGCGAGCCCCUGUGCCGGAUCGGGAUGUUACGGCUACAGCACCUGUCCCAGCAGUCGGUAAUACCAAUGCGUACCCGUCCUUGUUGACAACGGGUUUGAUCAUUCCUUCUUUGCGGCAGAAGCGCCACCGGGACAUGCCCUGGCCUCUAGCAGAGGGCGUCACUGUGCAGCUUCAGCCUGGAGACCUUGUCUCCAUUCAGCCAGCCAAUCAUGCCAUAGCCAUACUUGUCCUAGGAAUCUGUGGUUGCUGGCUGACGAUAGGCAGCGUCUCUUCAGGUUUGAGUCCGCACGCCGACAUCAUCUCCGCCAGGAUCUUUCAAGGGCCCUACGCGCAGGCAUUGAACUUCCUCCCCAUUUCCAGCAUCAGGAGCAGUCAGAGGCAGCCAGGCACCAACACGAUGCAGGGACCGGAGGCUCCCGUGACCCCCAGCUCCCUCCAACAGGAGACCUUGCCCAUGGCAGAGGUAGACGGUGCACCGACGCUGGCAUUGGUUCGUCCCCUUCUGCACUUGGUUUGCGUGCCAUCGGUGGUCACUGCUACCACCUUGGGUGGCAGGGCAACCGCCUCACCCAUGACCCUGCCCAGGCGACUUAUCUUGGGGCUUUUCAGGAAGGUGCUUUCUCAGCAGAAGUCGCUGCACUCUUUUGGGCGACCUGUUGGAGCAUGCAGCUCCCGCUUCAUGUCGUUAUUGAUGUGUACUCUGACUGCACCUCAGCCAUAUCCAUUUCAUCUGGCAAUGGUGAUGUCCAUGACCCAGCCUCCUUAUCAGGCCAAUGCAGGGCUGCAGCCCACCUCCUCCGCUCUGUUGGCGAUCGCCAUUUUCGAGUGCACCACUCCCGCUCCCACGUCGGUAAUCCUGGGAAUGAAGUCGCUGACUUUCUUGCCAAACUUGCGUGUUCCGGUGGUGGAGUUUCUCGAGAGGAUCCUACUGCCUAUAUUGCAAAGCUUGCCUGUAGGGCGUCUUUCCCGUGGUUGUGGCUUGUUGCUGAAGCUACCCUUCGGCCAGACGCCUGGCCCGAGCUACGCGGGCAAGCUCUUGUCUCAUCGCCGUGCAGCCUUGCGCCCAUUCCUACUCCAGAGGAAUGCGAAGCAUUCUUUGGCAUUCCACCUGCCUCCCAUAGGCAGCCUCGACCAAAGUUGUACGCCAGACGGUGCAGAGCAGGGCGAGUUUGUUGGAAGGACCAGAUUCCUCAGAGACCAACUGCAGGCCGAAGGCGUCUGUGUUGCCGCUCUACAAGAGACACGCUCCAGGGCGAGCGAGACGUACGUUUCUGCCAGCCACGUCAGGUUCACCAGCGCAAAGGCUGAGGACGGUUCAUGCGGGGUUGAGCUUUGGUUUAGCAGAGACAGGUCUCCCUUCACAGAUCUAGAUGGCGGCCCCAUCUAUUUCCGCCCUGGUGACUUUCUAGCUGUCCAUUGGACGCCAAGAAUCCUUGCGGUUCGCUAUACGCACUCUUCGCUGCGGAUUCUGUUUGUUUGCAUUCACGCGCCGCACAAUGCCAGCCCCGGGCGUGAUGCAUGGUGGCAAGACUUCUUCUUGCUUUUGCGCCGCAUCUCUCAAGACGCACAGCUCGUCAUCCUCGGCGACUACAACCUGCAUAUGCACUUCAGUCAUGCAGCAGCUGUCGGUGACCUUGUUUGGGGUACCACCAAUCCUGACCCGCCCACUCCUUUUUACCGCCUGCUCGACCAUUUUGCACUUUGGAUCCCCAGUACCUCCGCGUCCUGCCAUCCCGGUGACACCGCCACUUGGCACCCUCCCAAUGGUGCCGGUGCUGCUAGGCUAGACUACAUUGCCAUACCCGCGCAUUGGAGAGUUGCGAGCGGGGGCAGCAUUGUCAACUCCAGUCUAGACUGGGGACAGAGCCGAGCAGACCACUUUGCAGUCCAGCUCUGGGCACAAGGAUCCAUAUCAUUUGGACACCCGCGCCGGCGGCAACAUCCCCGUCUUGACACCGCAGCAAUGCGCACCUCAGAAGGUCGCGAGAUCCUGCGCCAUAUUUGCUAUGACGUGCCCCUCCAGCCAUGGAGCCUUGAUGUGCACCGACAUGCGCAGGCCCUUGACAACCACUUUCGGAGCCGCCUCGUUUCUGCCUUCCCUGUUAAGCGGUCACAGUGCAGGCACGAAUACUUCAGGGCAUCCACGUGGCAGCUAAGAGGCCGUCGGGAGUGGCUCCGUAAACGAGUCAAAGGAGCCUCCAGGCAAUUAUAUCAAUGGCAGCUGCGGGCUGCAUUUAGAGCUUGGCAGACGGGCAGGUGCCUUUCUGGAUCCUGCCUUGCUUCCUGGGCCUCUGUCCUUUGGGCACUCCGGGACCUUCCCACCUUCUUGACCGAGCUCCGCCAGUCAAGCCAGCAGCUUCGACUUGAGAUCCGAUAUGACCACCUGCAGCACAUACGCACUGUCGCAGCUGCAUCGGAGACUUCUACCACCCAGUCCACAGUGCAGCGACUCCGUACUCUCACUGGGGGUCCGAAGCGCAAGCAACGGGAACGGGCUCCACUUCCCGCAGUCGAGCGUUCAGAUGGGUCGCUCGCCACGACCGACGCAGAGGCUAGGCAGUGCUGGCUUGACCAUUUCUCAGCCAUCGAAGCAGGUACCCCGGGCACCCCCUCAGACAUCGUCAGCGAGUGCAUGACUCGCCAGGCGAGUAAGUGCUUGGAAGACUACGAGGUUUCUCACCGUGAUGCCCCGACGCUCGGGGACCUAGAGUGGGCCCUCCGUUCUACUUCCACUGACCGUGCUUAUGGUGUUGAUGGGCUGCCAGGCGAAUUGCUGCACUAUUGUGCGCCUUUCCUUGCCAGGCCCCUUUACCAGCUGCAGCUCAAGUCUUUGCUCACCCUUGCCGAGCCGAUCCAACAUAAGGGCGGUGUCCUCCACUGCGUUUACAAGCGGAAGGGACCGAGACAGCAGUGCUCCUCAUACAGGGGGAUACUUGUCUCCUCCGUAGUCAGUAAAUCCCUGCACAAACUCCUGCGUCGUAAGUGCGUUCCUGCACUUCGCAACGCCGCGACGCCUCUUCAGGUCGGCGGCUUACCGGGCCACCCGGUCACGCUGCCGGCUCAUGCUACGAGGCUCUACCAGUCUGCAUGCCUCCAGCGUGGGCAGUGUCACUGCAUUUUGUUUUUAGAUUUGCAAGAAGCCUUCUAUCGGAUAGUUAGGCCAUUGGUGACAGGUGGCCCCUUGACUGAAGAGGCACUUGCGAAAGCAUGCCAGGCCGUUAGUUUGCCUGCCGGUGUUUACCACGACAUCCGACGCCACCUCCAGCAACCGGCUUUGUCACUAUCAUCCGGGGCCAGCCACUGGACGACCCGUGCCCUGGAAGAAACCCUGCAAGGUACGUGGUUCAGAUUCCCGGAUGACGAGGCAGUAGUCACGACUGCCAUUGGGUCUCGACCUGGAGACUCCCUGUCUGACCUUGUGUUCAGCCUGCUCUUCGCCCAGGUCUUGCGGCAGGUCAGAGCUUCCCUCCAUGCAUCUGGCUCGAUGCCAGAGAUUCCUUGGCAUGACACCAUGUCGGGGAGGCUGACCCCUCUUCCUUUCGUGCCGAAUGACACCAUUGCAAUUCUCGAUGCUACCUGGAUGGAUGAUCUAUCCAUGCUACUCCAAGCUCCAGAUUCAGCCACCCUCGUGCAACGACUCCGCACUGGAGCCUCCACAUUGCUCGAUACGUGCCUGGAACAUGCCCUGCUUCCAAACCUCAAAAGGGGGAAAACUGAAGCCAUCGUCCAUCUUCGGGCUAAGGGCGCCCGACAGGCACGGCGUCACCUUUUUGCCGACAAUGAUGGGGCCCUCUCGCUCGACUGUCGGUUGUGGCCGACCGCCCGACUGCGACUUACUGCGUCUUACCGGCACCUUGGGGGGGUACUGCACCAUCGCGGCAGCCUGAUACGUGAGGUCAAGGCUCGGGCAGCUCAAGCCUGGACGGCGUUUAAUUCAAGGAAGAAGCAAAUUUUUGCUUCCCCACGAGUUUCAAAGGCAGAGAAGGCUUUACUCUUUGACAGCCUCGUCGCUACCACCCUCUUCUACGGCUCGGGCACCUGGCCCGAGCCGUCCGAUGAAUGUGUACUGAAGCUUACGGGAACCCUCCGGAGCAUGGCAUGCCAGAUGCUUCGACCAAUGUACACCACCACCCAGGCUUGGCAUUUAGGCACCGCCUAUGUGUUGUCCUUGGUUGGACUACCCAGCGUCUCCACGUAUCUACAUGCACACCGACUCAGGUACCUCCUUUCGUGCCUCGUUCUGGAUGUACCAGAAAUCUGGGCUCUGGCACAUUGGGAGGGUAUAUGGCUGCGUAGCGUUGCUUCGUCGGUGCAAUGGUUGUGGGAGCUCACAGAUGUAGCCCGGGAGUACCCGACAUGGGAGUGUGCAUGGGCCGUCUGGAAGGAGGAGGCCAAACAGCGGCCCGGACGAUGGAAGGCCAGAAUUAGGCGAGCACAAUCUGCCGCUGUCGCCAGGGAAUGCUGGCAUGCCUCUGUCCUGCGUCACCAGGGUCUACUGCUCAAGCAACUUCAAGGGGCAGGUGCCGUAGUGUCGGCUACUAGUGAAGUUCUUGACGGCCCCCGGGAAUGCUGUGCAAUCUGUCGCAAACACUUCAAGGACUACCGCGCAUGGUCCGUUCAUGCAUUUUCUACGCAUGGUCGGACCGACGAGAUGCGGCGUCUAGCCCCAGGGACCCAGUGCCCCAUCUGCAUGAAGCACUUUACCUCUGCAGUCAAACUGAGUCGACAUUUAGGCUACAGCCAGACUUGUCGGGACAGGCUCCUUGCCGCGGGCUCUAGGCAUGCGCCCGAGCCUGGCGUAGGCAGCCGUAAAGCACACGACGAUGGGGCCGACCUGACACCUGUCCUCCAGGCCUCCGGGCCUGAACUCUGCCCGCCUCCACCAGCCCAUUUUCUUGCCUUUGGUUAG